GCGUGGUCACGUUGAGCGCUGUUAUGUUUGGGGGGAGUGACUGAGGUUGACUGAGAACUGCGGCUCGUCUGGGCUCUGCAUCCUGUUGUGAAAGUGCGACGGCGCGGGUGCUGCUGUGUGUGCGUGCCGUGUGUGUGCGAGGUGUGUUUGCUUGCAGAACCAGUUCCAACAUGAAGAGAGGCAAGAAGACAGAUGAUACGUCUGCUGAUGGGGAGAAUGAUGCAGGCUCUGCUUCUGCAAAAAAAGCCAAGAAAUCCAAGGAACCAGAAGCCCCAGUAUUGUACGUAGACACCCCUGACAAAAUGACGAGCAAAGAUGGCCGUAGCGCCAACAUGAAGAUCACCUCCUGGAACGUAGACGGGCUCAGGGCGUGGGUGAAAAAGAAGGGACUGGAUUGGGUGCGUGAGGAGGCGCCAGAUGUUCUGUGCCUCCAAGAGACAAAGUGUUCAGAGAAAGCCCUUCCUGUCGAGAUCACGUCCAUGCCUGAGUACCCCCACAAAUACUGGGCUGCAUCCAAUGACAAGGAGGGCUACAGUGGUGUAGCCAUGCUGUGCAAGACUGAACCUCUCAAAGUUACUUAUGGAAUUGGCAAAGAGGAGCAUGAUAAGGAGGGGCGCGUCAUCACAGCCGAGUUCCCCAACUUCUACCUCGUGACGGCCUACGUCCCCAACGCGAGCAGAGGCCUCGUUCGCCUAGAUUACCGCAAAACCUGGGACACAGACUUCCGAGCUUACCUGAGCGAGCUCGACAUCCAGAAGCCCCUGGUGCUGUGCGGCGAUCUCAACGUCGCGCACCAGGAGAUCGACUUGAAGAACCCGAAGGGCAACAAGAAGAACGCAGGAUUCACCCCGGAGGAGCGCGAAGGGUUCAGCCAGCUGCUGGAGGCCGGCUUCGUGGACAGCUUCCGUGAGCUGUACCCGGACCGGGCCAACGCCUACACCUUCUGGACCUACAUGAUGAACUCCCGCUCCAAGAACGUGGGCUGGCGGCUCGACUAUUUCCUGCUCUCGUCUUCCCUGCUGCCAGGCCUGUGCGAUAGUAAGAUCCGUAACAAGGCGAUGGGGAGCGACCACUGCCCCAUUACUCUCCACAUAGCUGUGUGAAUCACCACAUCUGAUGAUAAUCCAACUUUUACUGUCUUUUUUUUUUUUGUUCCAAAUUGUCUCAACUGUAUCAGCUAUUGUGUGGAAGUCUGGAGUGGUACCCAGUCUCACUGUUAGUAGAGUUGCCCUGUAGCUUAGUAGUUUUCUUUAAAUGUUCCACAACAUAGAUCAUGUCUUAUUACCCAAACUACUUUCAUAAAAUCCAUGAUAUACAUCCAAGGUCUGCACACAUGCAACACUAAACACACUGUUAAGCUAAUUUUCAUGAUGUUUCUGUUACCGACUGAAACUGAUCCACUGCUGUAAAAGGAAACCUAACAUGGUUUAAGCUCCCUUCUUGUAUCUUGUUAUAUUUUUUAUGUGAAACUUGCUUACACUCUCAAAUAAAGACUCUUUAUUUCCA